AAUGCAUGUGUAGAUUGCCUUAUACGAUGACGUAAUAAUAAUAAAAAACAGGAAAAUGGGUAAUCCGUUCGUGAGAAGCGGAUUGAGCUUCUCCUUUCCAACCAGCAUUCUUCCGCCACUUAAACCCCCCCUGCACGAAACACUCCUCACUAGGAUUCCGAUUGGAUUUCCGAAGCACCGCCGGACGCUUCCGCCGCACUCAUCCUCCUCCUCCUCCUCCUCAAACUUUGACAUCAUUUCCACAACCGAGUCGUGGGAUGGCAGCCUUCUCUUCCGCUUUGGGGACGAGAGCGAGAAAUCUGUUACCACUGAAACAGCAACUGAUGCUCAAAGUCAUCUGGAGGAUCCCGUGCAAGAUUCAAAACUGAGCCAAACAUUGUUGGGAAGAAGAGGGAGUGGUGGUGGCGGUGGUGCUGCCGCUGAGGCCGAUGAGACGGUUGAUGCGCAUUCAGCGACGACCACCGACAGUGCUACUGGCGGCGGUGGCGAAGAAACCACAACCACAAGGUCCAUAACCACAAUCACAACCAUAACCACAACCACAGAAGAUAAAACUCAACUCAGCAAUGAAAUUCAUGCUUUUCCAGCGAUUGGCACCGCCGCCGCUGAGGCCAAGGAGAAUGCUGUUGAUGUGGUUUCAAUGACGAGCACCAGCAGUGCGACUGGCCGCGGUUAUGGUGGUGAAAAAACCACAAUUACAACCACAACCAGCACCACAGCGGAUGGAACUGAAAUCAGCAAUGAAAUCCCUGGUGCUUUCAAUCAGAAGAAAUUGGCAGCCACCGCCGCUGAGGCCAAGGAGAAUGUUGUUGAUGCGGUUUCAGUGACGAGCACCAACAAUGCGACUGGUGGUGGUGGUAGUGGCGGUGGGGAAGAAACCGCGACUACAACCACAACCAUAACAGAUGAAACUCAAGUCAGCAAUGAAAUUGAUGCUUUUCCAGCAAUUGGCGGCGCCGAGGCUGAGGAGAAUGCUGUUGAUGCGGUUUCAGUGACGAGUACCGACAUUGUCACUGGUGGCGGUAGUGGUGGUGGUGAAGAAACCACUACCACAACUACAAGAACAACCACAACAGUUGAAACUCAAGUCAGCAAUGACGUUCAUGCUGAGGGUGAGGACAAUGCUGCUGAUGCGGUUUCAGUGACGAGCACCAGCAUGGCGACUGGUGGCGAAGAAACCACAACUACAACCACAACUGAAGAAACUCAAGUCAGCAAUGAAAUUCAUGCUUUUCCAGCAAAUGGCGGCGCCAAGGCCGAGGAGAAUGCUGUUGAUGCGGUUUCAGUGACGAGCACGGGCAUUGCGACUGGUGGUGGUGAAGAAACCACAACCACAACCACAACCACAAAAGGUGAAACUCAAGUUAGCAAUGAAAUUCAUGCUUUUCCAGCAAUUAGCAGCGCCGGGACCGAGGAGAAUACUGUUGAUGCGGUUUCAGUAACGAGCACGGGCAUUGCGAAGUGUGGCGGUAGUGGUAGUGGUGAAGAAACCACAACUACAACCACAACCACAACAGAAGAAACUCAAGUCAGCAAUGACAUUCAUGCUUUUCCAGCAAUUGGUGGCGCCGAGGAGAACGCUGUUGAUGUGGUUUCAGUGAUGAGCACCAGAACUGCGACUGGUGGCGGUCGUGGUGGUGGUGAAGAAACAACAACCACAACCACAACGACGACCAGAACCACACCAGAUGAAACUCAAGUCAGCAAUGAAAUUUUUUCUUUUCCAGCAAUUAGCGGUGCGGAGGCCGAGGAGAAUGCUGUUGAUGCGGAGGCCGAGGAGAAUGCUGUUGAUGCGGAGGCCGAGGAGAAGGCUGUUGAUGCGGUUUCAGUGGCGAGCAUCAACAUUGCGACUGGUGGCAGUAGCAGUGGUGGCCAAGAAACCACAGCUACAACCACAACCACAACAGAAGAAACUCAAGUCAGCAAUGACAUUCAUGCUUUUCCAGCAAUUGGUGGCGCCGAGGAGAACGCUGUUGAUGUGGUUUCAGUGAUGAGCACCAGAACUGCGACUGGUGGCGGUCGUGGUGGUGGUGAAGAAACAACAACCACAACCACAACUACGACCAGAACCACAACAGAUGAAACUCAAGUCAGCAAUGAAAUUUUUUCUUUUCCAGCAAUUAGCGGUGCGGAGGCCGAGGAGAAUGCUGUUGAUGCGGAGGCCGAGGAGAAGGCUGUUGAUGCGGUUUCAGUGGCGAGCAUCAACAUUGCGACUGGUGGCAGUAGCAGUGGUGGCCAAGAAACCACAGCUACAACCACAACCACAACAGAAGAAACUCAAGUCAGCAAUGACAUUCAUGCUUUUCCAGCAAUUGGUGGCGCCGAGGAGAACGCUGUUGAUGUGGUUUCAGUGAUGAGCACCAGAACUGCGACUGGUGGCGGUCAUGGUGGUGGUGAAGAAACAACAACCACAACCACAACUACGACCAGAACCACAACAGAUGAAACUCAAGUCAGCAAUGAAAUUUUUUCUUUUCCAGCAAUUAGCGGUGCGGAGGCCGAGGAGAAUGCUGUUGAUGCGGAGGCCGAGGAGAAGGCUGUUGAUGCGGUUUCAGUGGCGAGCAUCAACAUUGCGACUGGUGGCAGUAGCAGUGGUGGCCAAGAAACCACAACUACAACCACAACCACAACAGAUGAAACUCAAGUCAGCAAUGACAUUCAUGCUCAGGCUGAGGAGAAUGCUGUUGAUGCGGUUUCAGUGACGAUCUCCAACAAUGCAACUAGUGGUGGCGGUGAAGAAACCACAACUACAAUCACAACCACGGCCACAACAACCACCACAUCAGAUGAAACUCAAGUCUCACCAGUGUUAGCAGAGAAUGCCCCUUCCACAAAUCCAGAAGAUGAAUUCACAGAGGGUAAAGCUGAUACAACAGAUGUUUCAGGAAUAUCAACUUCUAGGAUAGUGGAAUUCAAUAUAGUUGAAGGCACUUCUGAUGGGGAGGACGUAUCUGCAGCUGUUCUUCAACUAUCUUCUAGUGCUGCUUUAUUACCCCAUCCCUCAAAGGCAUUGACAGGUGGGGAGGAUGCUUACUUUGUUGGUUGCCAAAAUUGGUUAGGUGUGGCCGAUGGAGUAGGUCAGUGGUCACUAGAAGGGGUUAAUCCUGGACUAUAUGCUCGUGAACUCAUGGAGAAUUGUGAAAGGUUCAUAUCCAAUUGCAAAGGUUUACCAUUGAUUGAACCAGAAGAAGUCCUUAUUAAAGGUUCAUCAUAUACAAAAUCUCCUGGAUCAUCCACGGUUCUGGUUGCUUAUUUUGAUGGUCAGGCUCUUCAUGUGGCCAACAUUGGAAACUCGGGAUUUAUCGUUAUUAGAAAUGGUGCUGUCUUUAAAAAAUCAUCACCAAUGGUUCACGAAUUCAAUUUUCCAGUACGGGUUGAAAGAGGUGAUGAUCCCUCAGAACUUAUAGAGAAAUACCGAAUUGAUUUGGAUGAGGGAGAUGUGGUUGUUACUGCAACAGAUGGCCUAUUCGAUAACUUGUACGAGCAAGAGAUCACCUCAAUUGUAUUGAAGUCACUGCAAACGGGAUUGGAACUACAGGACAUAGCAGAGUUGUUGGCCACUAGUGCACAAGAGCUGGGGCGAUCUAAAUCUACAAGGAGCCCAUUUGCUGAUGCAGCCGAGGCAUCUGGGUAUGCCGGAUAUAGCGGCGGCAAGCUUGACGACGUGGUCGUUAUCCUGUCAUAUGUAGAAAAGAAACCCGUCGGUAACUUACGUAAGUAAUAUGUACAUGUAUAUAGAGUAAUGCUAGGAUACUAAAAUUUUAAAUUAAAUUUUAUAAACUAAAUGAUAAGGAUGUUGAUAAUUAGAUUAUUACUUAAAUGUUGAUUAACGUGCUUA